AUGGUUAGAGAGCUGAGCACCAGCUACGAGCGGCUGUCUGCGAACAGCAAGUAUGACAAUGGGGUCCAGCGACUCCCUGGCCCAACUCCGCUGCUGCAGAUGGAUGCGGACAGUUGCACUAUGGUGGUGAUCUUCCCAAGAAGUCGCCGUGUCGGUGGCACGGUGGAUCCUGAGGAGUUGGUUCAGGAACCUAUGAAGCAAGCCAGGCGCAUCUUCCUGAACCCUGACAACCCCCUGAGUCGGCGUGCCAUUCGCCGGCUGCAAUACAUUGGCGCGGAACCUCACGAACCCAUCAGCAUGGAGCUUUACCAGCAGGACAUCCGCGCCCGGUUUCUGGAGAUCCUCGAGGCGAGUGGUGUCCAGGCCAGUCAGUUUGCCAGCCUCGAUGAGGACGAGGACUUCGUGAAGCUGUAUCUACCACUGAACGGAGAAGCUAUCGCGCAGCUGGCCGAUAGCCUCAAGUUUGAGAUGCCCUUCAAGACAACGGUCUACGAAGCUGUGGCCGAGCAUGGGCCCUUUCUUGGGGGUGAGCCCCUCAAGAACGCCGACGGCCACAUGGUCGUGGCGCAUGCCCCCUUCGACAUGCACCGGAAGAACAUCUUUCAGGACUUCUCGCAGAUGGAUGCCAUCCAACUGUUGCAGCACUGGUUCUGCCUCUGGGUGCAGCUGGACGAAAUGGAGCAUCAGGGGGUCAUCAAGUGCUCCUUUCCCUGCCCCCGUGCUUCGCAAAUGAGGGAGCUGCAUGAGACGGGGCUGCACAUCAAGAAUUGGCUGAACCCAUUUUUCGGAGAUCUGAUGCAUCCCCUGCGGGCCUACUUUGGGGAGGAGAUCACCUUCUUCUUCAAGUACGGCGCUUACCUGAUAUACUCAUUCUUGCCUCUUGGAGCCGUCGGCUUCUUCUUUACAAUCCUGCGAGUUUUCAAAAUCAUCCCCGACAGCCAGAUCGACUACGUGAAGACCGGGCUGGCCUGCGGCAUCUCGCUCUGGGCCGCCUGCAUCUCACAGAUGUUCGGGCGCCACGCCCGGCGCACGGAGCAGCUCUGGAACGUGAAGGAGCAUGCAGCAUUUGUGAAGAACAACCCGGAUUGGGACAAGCAUGGGCGGAACGAGACCUGCACCAUCUUCGUCAAUGUCGUCACGGUGGGUUUCGUGGCGCUGUACAUCGCAGUGGCAACUGUAAUUCUGGUCAAGCAGUACAAUGCAGCGGAGGACACGGUCUUCGCCCAGUUGUCCUCGAUCGUGCUCAGCUUGGUCAUGAAGGUGGGAAGCCUUUCCUGGACCUACCUGGCCCCAGUCUUGGUGAAGCUGGAGAACCACCGGACACAGGAAGAGAUGGAGGACAAGCUUGCCGUCGUACUGGCUGGUGUGAAGCUCUUCGUUGGCAACUUCCCCUUCUUCUCGCAGUGCUUCGUAACCAACUGGGUUGAGCAGACCUGCGGGCCUUCCUUCCAAGCUGCAGCGCAGAUGGUGUGGGCCGACUACAACCACACCGCGGCAGACAAUGAGACGCAGAAGGUCCUUCGCUCGUUCGCCUUCCACAAAGUCAAGGAGGAUGCGGUGCUAACCUGUUUUAAGGGUUGCUACCCCAGCAGCUGGAUGGACGCGGAGACCUACACGCCCACGAACUGCGAUGUCAACUUGAGAUCCAAUCUGGUGUCUUUUUUCAUCCUCCAGAUUGGCGUGGAACUGGUGUUUCUCGUGUUCCCGCUGCUGCUCUCUCUCUGGGAGGUUCGGAAGGAGUACUGGAAGGCGCACCGCAUGCGCGACACGGAUUCCCCCCGUCAAGACGACUCCUCCACGGAUGAGCAAGAGCCGGUCCCCUAUUCCUUCCUGCAGUGGGAGGCCAAGAAGUUCCCGUAUGAGUUCAAUUCCUGGGGUGGCGACCGGAUUAACGAUUUCCUUGACAUCGCCGUCAGCUACUCAGUGGUGGCCUGCUGGGGCGCGAUUUGCCCUCUGCUCUUCUUCCUGGCCGUUUUCUCAUGGACCUUUUCCCUGAGGCUCCGGCUGUACAGGAUGCUCUACGUCGCCCGGAGACCGGUGCCUCGAGCCAGCGCCGGCCUUGGCGUGUGGAGGAGUAUUUUCAACGCCAUCAACGUUUUUGCAGUUGGGGCCAACGUGGGGCUUUUUACGGUCUUCUUCUACCCCAUGAGCAAGUACGCCUUUGGCACCCAGCUGUUAGCCUUCAUCAUUGCAGAGCACGCGGUGCUUCUACUGCAGGCUGGGGUCCACAUCGUGAUUCCGGAACAGCCGGCGGAUGUGGUGUCCAUCGAGUACUACAACAAGCACGUGAAGUAUUGCCACCAACUUAGGGAGCUCGACCCAAGCGCGCGGACGUCUCUGGCACAUAUUGGCCUUCCCCUGACCCCAGACGGAUUCACGUCAGCAAGCGAGAACGAGUGUUCAGAGGGGUGGUGCUGA